AUGAAUUAUUGUGGAAAUAUAAAUUUUGUUGAAUACAAUAUUGAUUCAGAAAACACAGUUAUUCAGUUAUGUAAACAAUUCCUGCAAGCAUCAUUGUGUUCAGUUAUGAAAGAAGGCAUAGGUAUAAUAGAUUUAAGAUUACAUAAAGUAACAAAAGUAAACAAUAAAGAAAUUGAUCUAUUAAAUACUUGCAAAAAUAAAAAUUUGCAAUUGGAUGAAUGCAGCAGCAUGAUUUUAAAAAUUUUAGCUUCGCCUGGGGUAACAGAUAUUCAAAAAUGGCCCUUUAACUAUUUUCAAACUGAUUUACUGAUUAAAGAAGAAAUAAUAGUAACUAAUUGCUUGGCAGCAGCAGACUGUGAUUGGUUAAAUAAAGUUUUUUCAACAAAGAAAAAUACGAAUAUCCUAAGGUUUAGUAAUAUAUGCGAAAAACAACGUGUUUGUGUACUUAUACAAACGCCAAUUUUCAACUCUAUUGAAAAGUAA